CCACCCCCGCCGCUGCGGCCGCCCCGGACCUCGGCGCCGCCGCCGACGCCGCGACCCCGACCCCGUCCGCGCUCCGACCCCACCGUCCCCGCGCCCCUCCGCAUCUCACGCGCGUCGCCGGCGCCCCCCUCACCGGGGCAUCGCGUACCCUGCUGCCGCGACCCCGCCCCGCCCCGCCCCGCCGCAGCCGCCGGCCGUCGGGCUCCGAGGGACCACACUUUCAACGUUACAAGUUCAUUCCAGGCGCUUGCUUACAGCACGAGCAAUGACUGCUGCAAGGGAGCGUGCAAGGUUGGAGUACCUUAAUUCGCAGGAGCCAGGAGAUGCAUCACAGGCCAGUGCUUUUCAUGUUGUGGACAGGCUGCUAGCAGAAGAUGGUAUGGAAGCUUCUCAGACAAUAACCAUUGAGCAGGCAAGCGUGAUAAAGUCACCAUCCACUUUAGGCUCAAAAGUAGCUCAGUGCUUGGCUAAAAGGGUUGGCAACAGUUACCCACUUGGGAAGGAAGCUGUUUUUGACUGGUUGGAUGCUGCCAACCUUGAUGAUUGCAUCAGCGGUAACGUUUCCAGGGAAAAUCCAAGAGUUAAUGUCAAAAAUCAAACAUCAGUUGGUGCUAUGCUAGACUGUAUUGAUGAGGACCUGGGCAUGAACUGUAUUAAGAAACCAGAACCAGUUGGUGCUACCGAUGAUUCAUAUGCAGAAUAUCAUAUUGGGCCAAAUACUCAAAUGGCAGCUGAAGCGAUGGAAGCACUGUUCAAUGGACCAACUAUCCGAUCUGAUGUCAGGGAGCAUGAACACCUGGAAAACACUUUGGGAAAAGAAAACAAAGUGGAUGCGAUUUGCUCAGUAAACUCGCUAGUUCAAAAGCAAAAGCUAUCCUGCUUACCUCAGAGCUCAGGGGGAAUGACAUCGCAACUCAAGGUAGACCACAUAGAAACACCAAAUGGUGAAAGUUCAAUCCCUUUGAUGAAUUGUCCCAGUAAGUCAAAAACAUGGAGGAAUGCAAAACAAAUGACAGGAAAAGCAAAAAGAAGCAUGGCGAGUGGGGUUUCAAGAGGAGCCAUAAAUGAUGAGGUGUCAUACGUAAUCAUGGGAUCUGAUGGAGAGGGUUCAAAUAGGCAUUGUUUAUUAGGUAAAGAUGAUGUAAUCCACCCUAAAAGAAAGAGAACAUAUACAUUUACCUCAGGAAGCUCAAAAGUUGGGUUCAAGAAACCUACCAGAUCAAAUGCAGACAGAGCCAAAACUACAAAAGUAACAGAGUCACCAAGAGCAAAAUCAGCAAGCAUAUUUGAUUCUGGUACCAUAAAAGGCAUGAAAGUGACCCACAAGUCUUCUUCAGCUAAUCUUGAAGCAUCAGCUACAACAACUCGCAGCAGGGUAAAACGAAUUCAGAAAGAAACUUCGGAUACCAGUCAGCUUGAAAGAACAUAUACCGCUGAACUGAAAAAACAAUCAACAUCUGAACAGAAAGGGAGUGACUCUUGUUUGACGAGUAGAGUACCACUGGGAGAGCUAAGUAGCACAGAGCCCCAAUCUAAGAAACAUACAUCAAAGAAGCCACUGAAAAGAGGCCUUCUGAAAUCACCAGCUUCCAGAGAGCUUGCUAGACUUACUUGGAAUGAAGCAUCUCCAGUUCUGCAAUCAAGCAGGCGAAGAAAGAGAACUAUGGGCACAGUCCGUGUUCUGUUCAGCCAAAGCAUGGACAGCGAAACCAUCAAAGAUCAAACAAAGAUAUUGAUGCACUUCAGAUUACCAGUGGCAACAACUAUUUCAAAGGCUACACACUUUGUUGCUGAAAAGUUUGCUCGUACAAUGAACAUGCUAGAAGCAAUGGCCAUGGGCAUACCUGUAGUCACACCAUCAUGGCUUGAAUGCUGUGGAGAAGCAAGGUGCUUCAUUGAUGAGAAAAAAUACAUAAUGAGGGAUACAAAGAAGGAAAAGGAGCUACGCUUCAGCAUGUCCGUCUCACUAAGCCAAGCCUGCAAAAAGCCACUGUUAGAGGGUAGAAGAGUACUAAUCACGCGAAAUGCUAAGCCUAGCAAGGAGCUUCUGACAUGUUUAGUAGUGGCAGCUGGUGGCAAGCUGUUGCAGAGGGUCACAGUGUCUAUGAUGAAGAAUAAGAAUUUUGAAGGAGGCUUUGUAAUCUCUUGUGAACAAGACUGCAACAUCUGCUUACCGUUCAUUAAGAAUGGUUUGGGAGUAUUUGACUCGGAGCUUUUGCUGAAUGGUAUUGUCAUCCAGAAGCUAGAGUUUGAAAGGUAUCGCCUUUUCCGUGACAAAAUGUGAAGCUUCUGCGAGGUCCAGGCCGCUAACCUGCAAUAUAAUGAACACUUCAUCCCAUGAAUAUGAUCCGCACGCUCCAGUAGUUACUGAUGUGAUCCCGUGAACACACUUCCUUUUGCAAGUAGAAGCGAAACUCAACCUGUUGGCACAAUCAUGAGAUGUGCCGUUACUUGAACGGCACAUGUUGUGAAUUAUGCUUGAUGCUUUCCACGUAGCUUGGAUCUUGUAAGGAUUUGAUUACGUGGUGAACAUUUUAAUCAUGAAGCAGCAAGGGAUGUUUUUUUC